CAAUUUUUCGAUGUUAGAGGAAGUUUGAUCGGAGGACAUAUUGUAGAAAAUUUCGAAGCAAACAUUUCGUUGGUGGCGUUGAAUUAGAAUUUCACAAGAUACUAAGUAUUAAACGAAGUUGAAAUCAGCAUUUAACUGAUAAUAUUGUUAAAAACUAAAGAAGUAAACCCGUGUUAAUAUUAAUUAAUUCCAAUUUGAGACGAAACAAACAAUCCACAGCACAACAAAAUGAGUGAUAGAAAGGCAGUGAUUAAGAACGCUGAUAUGGGUGAAGAGAUGCAGCAAGAUGCUGUCGAUUGCGCUACUCAAGCACUUGAAAAAUAUAACAUUGAAAAGGAUAUUGCUGCUUAUAUUAAGAAAGAGUUCGACAAAAAAUAUAAUCCAACUUGGCAUUGCAUUGUUGGACGCAACUUUGGAUCUUAUGUGACUCACGAGACGCGUCAUUUCAUCUAUUUCUACUUGGGCCAAGUAGCAAUUCUAUUGUUCAAAAGCGGUUAAUUUGUUCAGCUAGGCCCUCUAAUGCCAUCAUUUACACAACAAAUGCACACAACAACUUUUUGCCGAUGCAUCAAUUUCACCAAAUUUUUUUGCUGUUGCACAUUCGGAAGUAAAUCUUUUUCAAAAUUGCACGUAUUCAAUUAUUUUUCUUCUCUGUAUAUUUAAUUAAUUAAAAAGAUUUUUUAAAUCCUAGAAAGCUUUAAAUGUUUUUAGUUCUAUUCUUAUUUACUUUACCCGUGUUGAUUCAAGAUAAAUUAACUCUGAUUUAAAAAAAUAAUAAUUAAAUGAAGAACAAUCUAGAAGACAUGAGAAGACCUAAACUUUUAUUUUUUAUUAAUUUUCCUUAAAAUUUAAUUUUCUUUCCCUUCCGUUAACUUUUUCUUCUUUUGUGACGAGUAAAAUCGUAAAUUUAUCUUGUAAAGAAACUCAAAGAUUAACAAAGUGGAUAAAAAAAUAUACUUAACACUUAUUAAACAAUGCCCAUGAAAGAUUUCUUCGAAUUAUAAUUAAAUGUUAACUGUAAUGAAAGAAAAAUGAAAAAAAAACAAAAAAAAUAUACAAGAAAUGGAAAAACUUUUGAAUGGACAUGGAUGGAUGAGGGAAAAAAGAUUUGUCUUUGUUCUUUGUUGCCCGACUCAAGACCCGGCUAAGUAUUCAAGAAAAUUGAGCGUCAAAAAAAAUAUAAAAUGAAAAAAAGAGAAGCAUUUGAAUAAUUUUAGAAUCGGCAGCCACUCACUCCACUUGAGUAGCAAAAAUCCAAUAACAACGCACUCUUAUACAUACAUAGAAAAAUUAAGAAGAUUGAGAGAUCUUAUCGCAGAAAUAAAACUGUACAAGGACACAAGCAACCAACAGCUUUAGUAAAACAAAAAAGAAAUUCAUUUGUUGUCGGUAAAAAAAGAAGAACAGCAAACUUUUCUUUUUCUAUUUGUUUAGGCUUUGGCGCCAAAUCUAGAGACUUAAAUUAAUCAAUUAACAGUCCAUCCAAGAAGCGCAGGAAGACAUUUUUCUUUGUUCUUCUGCAAAAAACUUUCUGUUUCUUCUUUAAAACAUGAAAACUUGAGGAGAAUGAAUUUUUCAUGAAAAUUGCCUGAUUUGUUAUAAAAAAAGUAACAAAGUGAGAGAAAGUGAGAAAAAAAUUGAAUGAUUAGAUUUUUCACUUUUCCACAUUCAUUGACAAUUUCCUUCCAUUUCCACUUUAUAUCAUUGCAUUUUUGACCAAUAUCCUUCUAGCUGACUUUCCCGCACCCUUAACUCUAUUUUAAAAUAUGUUGUGUCUAUGAGAAAACCAAAUAAUAAUAAAAAACAGUUGCAUGAAGUAUAAACGGGAAAUGAAUGGAAAAUUAUACACAAAUGGAUGUAGUGUAGCUCAGUGUAAGAUUUCAUCGUGAAUAUCUUUUGUACUGAUUACUUUUCUUUCUUUUUUUAAGUUUGAUAAGAGAAAAAAUUAAUUUUCUGUUAACUAAAAAAAAAGAUUUGCGUCAAAAAGAGAAAGAAAAUAAUUCAACAACAUUAGUAUUAAACUUUUAUCUAAUUUCCAUUAUUUUCCGUUUUAACUAGAAGAAAGACGUCUUUUCUAAUUGUGAAUAAAAUUAAAUUUAUAAAAAUAAAGUCUUAGUGGAUACACGGAAUCAUGAUUAGAGUGUUUUGUUAGUGUUUUGUGGAAGGGCAAUAAAUGUUUGUGAUAGUCGCGUGAUGUUUCAGGGUCAAGGUGACGUCGUAUCAUCAU